AGUAUUAUGAAGAGAUGGGAAAGCCCACACCAAAGGCUGAGGUGAUGAAAUAUUUAAAGAGUCAAAAAUACACAGAUGGUAAGGAUUAUGCAGGGGAAUGUGAGUCUGUAGUCAUGAUCGCCAAAGGACAAAGUGUGCAGGGGACAUGCAAGUAUGGGACUCGGGUAGAUUACAUAUUGGCAUCAUCAGAUUCACAGUACAAGUUCAUCCCCGGCUCAUACUCAGUUUACUCUUCAAAAGGGACUUCUGAUCAUCACAUAGUGAAAGUUGAUGUAGUGAGAGUAGAUAGCAGUCCUCAACAAUAUGUCCAUAGAAAGCAAAAGAAACCCAAACAGAAAGUUGUAAAGAUAACACACUCUUCUUCAUCAAGGGGUAUAUGGAAACCACAAACUUGAGAAGAUGGAUAGGUAGAUUAGCAUUUUUUUCAAAAUUAAUAUUUUGGUAUUUGCUCGUUAUGUAAG